UGCGUGCGGCCGGCGCUGCAGCGCUCCAGGCGAGAGGCCGGCGGGCGCCGCGUGGGGGACGGGACGCGGCGGUGCCGGAGCCAGGGCUGGAGCAGUCGCUGUCCGGGGCUGGGACGAGCCGCCUGCCAGGGACUGCCGCGGAGGUGGAGCGCGAGACUGUGCAAUUCAUGAGUAAGAAGCUUGCACUGGGUGUAGAUCGGCUCUGAAAAAGGAACCGGGAAUAAAAGGCACCAAUUUGAGCCUCGUCCCCCGCAGCCGAUGGCCAGGGCCGCGCCGCAGCGGGAAUGCGGGGGUCUGGGCCCGUGCCCCCCCGCACCGCGCAGUGACCGUGCGGCGCCCCGCAGGCAGCAGCACAGCCCGCCGCACCCAUCGCUGGGCAGGGGCACCCGCGAUGUUGGUGCAGCACCGCGGGGUGACCCUGCAGCGCCCUGCGGGCUGCGCCAUGGCCCGUGGCGCCCGUCGCUGCGCGGGAGCACCUGCAACGUCUGUGCACAGCGGCUGGAAGCGCCGCAGGAAGCUGCUGCGAAGGUGGCGCCAGGCUCCCGGCUGUGGUUCCUGCUGCUGCUCGUGGGCGCUGCGGCUGUGCCACGAACCAGCGCCGACUCCCACUCCUACCGGCAUCUCUACACGGCGGUGUCGGACCCCAGCCCGGACAUGGCUGUUUUCACUGCCGUGGGCUACGUGGACGAUCAGCAAAUUCUCCACUACGACAGCGAGACACGGAGACAGGAGCCGCGCGGGGACUGGGUGCAGGGUGCCGUCGACCCAAACUUCUGGGAGGGGGAAACCAUGAGCUUGCAGGGCUGGCAGGACGGAUUUAAACGAAACCUAGUCAACCUGCAGCAUCACUACAACCAGACGGGGGGGUCUCACACGCUCCAGUUCACGUACGGCUGUGAGGUCCGCGCAGACGGCAGCACUGGAGGCCACAUGCAGCUGGGCUACGACGGGGCAGACUUCAUCAGCUAUGACCUGGCAACGCGCACCUGGGUGGCAGCCCCGGCACAGGCCCAGCGCACCCAGCACACCUGGAAUGAGGAGAAGGCCGUUCUUCAGGAUGCAAGAUCCUACCUGGAGGAGACCUGCAUCGCGUGGCUGCAGCAGUACCUGCGGCACGGGGAGGCAGCGCUGCAGAGCAGGCGUCCCGUGGCACAGGUGAGCGACAGGCCGUCGUCCCGGGACGGACGCACCACCCUGUCCUGCCAGGUCCACGGCUUCUACCCCCGGGACGUGGCUGUCGUGUGGCUGAAGGACGGGCAGGCGCAGCCCCAGGAGACGUGGCGCUCGGGGGUCGUUCCCAGCGGGGACGGGACCUACCAGACCCGGGCCACCAUCGAGAUGGACCCGAGCAGCGACCACGACUACACCUGCCGCGUGGAGCACGAGAGCCUGGGGGCAGCCCUGAGAGUGGCCUGGGACAAGGGCAGGGCGGGGUACGGCCCAGGGAUGACUGUGGGUGUCGUUAUCGGUGCCAUGUUGCUGGUCGGUGCCAUGACGGGCACAGCUGGUUACUUCCUCCGGAGACGGGGAACUAAACCUGUGCGUGCCCACGAAGCCUGUGAAGCCUUGUAGCUCUCCGAGGGAGCAACACCCACUUCAACUCCUGCCUUGAAGCCCAGACUGCAGGUUCACAGAGGGAAACGCCUUGCCCGGGAGAGCCUUUCAUCUGCCCACUCACCUGCAAAAGAUAAAACAUUGUGACCAGAAGGAAACGGUUCAGUGUCCUGCUGCCCAUCAGACAGCUUGGGGACAAAGAGACUGCUCUUUUAUUGGAGCCUGACUGCACAGCACGAGCUUUUCCGACCAGGCGAUCUCACGGCGUCUUGGGCUCCGCUGUGACCUGCACAUUUUCAUUCCUACCUCCAGAGACAUUUGGCACUCUUGGAGAGAAACCCCCAGUUUUUCUUUUCUUUUUUUAGUUUAAAAAUACACUCCUCCCCUUCCCCUA